GGAGAGAGCCGGAUCAUUGGCUUUUGAAUUUAGGAAGGAAGCUGAUUCAAGAAAGCCGGACUUCUGGGUUCUUAUAGAAGUAGCUAAUACUAUUCAAGAGAUACUUUAUGAAGAAAACUCUGGUG